AUGAAGUUCUCCACCGUCCUCGGCGCGUUGGCGGCCUUGACCACUGUCUCCGCGGUCAAGGUGAACCCACUUCCAGCCCCCCGGAACAUCACUUGGGGCAAUUCAGGAGCCAUCCCCGUCAAAUGGCUCGAGCUACGCACCACCGAAUCCUGUCGCCAGCAGGAGACUCUCAAUCGCGCCUGGGAGCGCGCCUGGCAGUCGAUCCACACUCUUCGAUGGGUCCCCGCAGCCACUGAAGCUCCGAUUCCCCAUUUCCAGCCUUUCCCGACCGGUGCGGGCAUGACCAAGCGCGCAGCCAGUGCCCUCUACACCGUCGACGUCUCCGUGGUUGACGGCGAUGCCGAUCUGCAGCAUGGGGUUGACGAAUCAUACACACUGGAGGUAACGGCGUCUGCCGGCUCCGUCAAGAUCAAUGCCCAGACAAUCUGGGGCGCGAUGCACGCGUUUACCACUUUGCAGCAGCUGAUCAUCUCCGACGGACAGGGUGGUUUGAUCAUUGAGCAGCCGGUCAUGAUCCAAGACGCGCCCCUGUACCCGCACCGUGGUAUCAUGAUAGAUACGGGCCGCAACUUCAUUUCUGUCCCUAAGAUCCUCGAGCAGAUCGACGGCAUGGCCCUGUCCAAGAUGAACGUGCUGCACUGGCACUUGGAUGAUGCCCAGUCGUGGCCUGUGCAGAUGCGUACGUACCCCGAGAUGACCAAGGAUGCGUACUCUGCUCGCGAGCAAUAUUCCCGUUCCGACAUACUCCGUAUCAUUGCCUACGCCCGGUCCCAGGGUGUUCGUAUCAUUCCCGAAGUCGACAUGCCGGGCCACGCCGUUUCUGGUUGGCAACAGGUGAAUCCAGAAAUCGUCGCUUGCAGCAACUCGUGGUGGUCCAAUGAUGUCUGGGAGUACCACACCGCGGUCGAGCCGAACCCCGGCCAGCUGGAUAUCAUCUACCCCGGGACAUACGAGGUUGUCAAGAACGUAUACUCCGAGCUGUCCGACAUCUUCACGGACAACUUCUUCCACGUUGGCGCCGACGAGAUCCAGCCUGGCUGCUACAACUUCAGCAAGUACGUCACGGAGUGGUUUAUCGAGGACCCCUCGCGCACCUACAACGACCUCGCCCAACACUGGGUCGACCAUGCUGUGCCAAUCUUCCGUAGCUCCGGCCCCAACCGCCGGAUCAUGAUGUGGGAAGACAUUGCCCUCUCCGCCGAAGCCGCCAACAACGUCCCCAAGGACAUCGUCUUGCAGAGCUGGAACAACGGCCUCACAAACAUCGCCAACCUCACCGCCCGUGGCUUCGACGUCGUCGUUUCCUCCUCAGACUUCCUGUACCUGGACUGCGGCCACGGCGGCUUCGUCACCAACGACCCCCGAUACGACGUGAUGUCUGACCCCUCCGGCGCUGUCACCUUCAACUACGGCGGAAACGGCGGUUCUUGGUGCGCACCCUACAAGACCUGGCAGCGCAUCUACGACUUCGACUUUACUACCAACCUCACCGACGCCCAAAAAAGCCACAUCCUCGGUGCUGAGGCUCCCCUGUGGUCCGAGCAGGUCGACGACGUGACCAUCUCCAGCGGGUUCUGGCCCCGUGCCGCUGCCCUCGCUGAGCUGGUGUGGUCUGGUAACCGCGACAAGGAUGGCCAAAAGCGUACUACCGAUCUCACCCAGCGUAUUAUCAACUUCCGUGAGUACCUCGUUGCCAACGGCGUUAUGGCAACUGUCCUCGUGCCGAGGUAUUGUGCGCAGCAUCCCCAUACUUGCGACCUCUACUACAACCAAUCAGUCAUCACUUAA